ACGUUCGCUUUCUACCUUCACUGCAGUAUGAGGCCACCGCCACGCAACCUGGAGAUGUUCUACGACGUGCUGUCCCCUUACUCCUGGCUGGGCUUUGAGGUCCUAUGCAGAUACCAGCACAUCUGGAAUAUCAAGCUGCAGUUGCGGCCAGCUUUAAUCGCUGGGAUCAUGAAAGACAGCGGGAACAAACCGCCUGCAGUGGUGCCCCGCAAAGGCCAGUACAUGCACAAAGAGAUUCCUCUCCUGGAGCAGCACUUCCAGGUUCCCCUCAGAUUGCCCAAGGAUUUCUUUGAUGUGAUUCUUAAGAAAGGAAGUAUAAACGCCAUGCGCUUCCUCACCGCUGUGAGCAUGGAGCAACCAGAGAUGCUGGAGAAGGUGUCCAGAGAGCUGUGGAUGCGCAUCUGGUCUCGGGAUGAAGACAUCACAGAGUCCCAGAGCAUCCUGGCUGCGGCAGAGAAGGCAGGAAUGUCCGCUGAGCGAGCCCAAAGCGUCCUGGAGAAGGUGCCCACAGAACAGGUGAAGAACAAGCUCAAGGAGACCACGGAGGCAGCCUGCAAAUACGGGGCCUUUGGGCUGCCUGUCACUGUUGCCCAUGUGGAUAGUAAAACCUACAUGCUAUUUGGGUCUGACCGCAUGGAGUUGCUAGCUUACCUGCUAGGAGAGAAGUGGAUGGGACCUGUGCCCCCAACCCCGAAUGCCAGACUAUAA